CAUGGCCAGAAAUUAGCGUACAUGGAACUCUACACACAUGUAUAUAACUAUUGUACCAGCGUCCACCAGUCGAGCCAGGGCAGGGGCUCCGUGCCUCCAGCCAAGCCCUCCAAAAAGUCCACCACUCCAGGCGGGGCUCAGUUUGUAGGCCUGGAGCUCUACAAGCGGCUCAAAGAGUUCCUGAAGAACUAUCUGACCAGCCUGCUCAAGGAUGGCGAGGAUCUGAUGGACGAGUGUGUGUUGAAGUUUUACACCCAGCAGUGGGAGGACUACCGCUUCUCCAGUAAGGUCCUCAACGGGAUCUGCGCCUACCUCAACCGCCACUGGGUCAGACGAGAGUGUGACGAGGGACGCAAAGGCAUCUAUGAGAUCUACUCGCUGGCACUUGUGACCUGGAGGGAGUGUUUAUUCCGACCCCUCAACAAACAGGUAACAAACGCUGUGCUGAAGCUGAUAGAGCGAGAGAGGAAUGGGGAGACCAUUAACACCAGACUGAUCAGCGGUGUGGUCCAGUCCUAUGUUGAGCUGGGUCUGAACGAAGAGGACGCCUUCGCCAAAGGCCCCACGCUGUCCGUGUACAAAGAGUACUUUGAAUGUCAGUUCCUCACUGACACCGAGCGGUUCUACACGCGCGAGAGCACCGAGUUCCUGCAGCAGAACCCCGUCACCGAGUACAUGAAGAAGGCGGAGGCUCGUCUGCUGGAGGAGCAGCGGCGUGUGCAGGUUUACCUCCAUGAAUCCACUCAGGACGAGCUGGCCAGGAAGUGUGAGCAGGUCCUCAUAGAGAAACACCUGGAGAUCUUCCACACCGAGUUUCAGAACCUCCUGGAUGCCGACAAGAAUGAAGACCUGGGCCGGAUGUACAACCUGGUGUCGCGGAUCACAGACGGUCUGGGCGAACUGAAGAAACUUCUAGAGACUCACAUCCACAACCAGGGCCUGGCCGCCAUCGAGAAGUGUGGAGAGGCCGCGCUCAACGACCCCAAAGUGUACGUCCAGACCACGCUGGACGUCCAUAAGAAGUACAACGCCUUGGUCAUGUCUGCCUUCAACAACGACGCCGGCUUCGUGGCAGCGCUCGAUAAGGCAUGUGGUCGAUUCAUCAACAACAACGCCGUCACCAGGAUGGCUCAGUCGUCCAGCAAAUCCCCCGAGCUUCUGGCCAGAUACUGUGAUUCUUUACUGAAGAAGAGCUCUAAAAACCCAGAGGAGGCAGAAUUGGAGGACACACUCAACCAAGUGAUGGUUGUGUUCAAAUACAUCGAGGACAAAGAUGUUUUCCAGAAGUUUUAUGCUAAGAUGCUGGCCAAGCGUCUGGUCCACCAGAACAGCGCCAGCGACGACGCAGAGGCCAGCAUGAUCUCCAAACUCAAGCAAGCGUGCGGCUUUGAGUACACGUCCAAACUGCAGCGCAUGUUCCAGGACAUCGGGGUCAGUAAAGACCUGAACGAGCAGUUCAAGAAACACCUGACCAACUCCGAGCCUCUGGACUUGGACUUCAGUAUCCAGGUUCUCAGCUCUGGGUCUUGGCCUUUCCAGCAGUCCUGCACCUUCGCUCUGCCUUCUGAGCUGGAGCGAAGCUACCAGCGCUUCACCGCGUUUUACGCCAGCAGACACAGCGGCAGGAAGCUGACUUGGCUCUAUCACCUGUCCAAAGGAGAGCUGGUCACCAACUGCUUCAAGAACAGGCUCGUUUAUUUAUGGCUUCUUGAAAAGGGCAACGCGAGCUGUCAUUGGAAAUGUUUAACUUCUCCACUGACUCCACGUUUUCUUUUUUAUUUCCAGGACAUUCUGGUUCAAGUUCUGCAGAUUUUGUUAAAAUCGAAGCUACUGGUGAUGGAGGACGAGAACGCCAACGUGGACGAGGUGGAGUUCAAACCUGACACCGUCAUCAAGCUUUUCCUCGGAUACAAGAAUAAGAAACUGAGGGUGAACAUCAACGUCCCGAUGAAGACGGAGCAGAAACAGGAGCAGGAGACGACUCACAAGAACAUCGAGGAGGAUCGAAAGCUCCUCAUUCAGGCUGCCAUAGUGAGGAUCAUGAAGAUGAGGAAGGUCCUGAAGCACCAGCAGCUUCUGGCCGAAGUCCUGAACCAGCUGUCGUCCCGAUUCAAACCCAGAGUCCCCGUCAUCAAGAAAUGCAUCGACAUCCUGAUAGAGAAGGAGUACCUGGAGCGGGUGGACGGUGAGAAGGACACGUACAGCUACCUGGCCUGAACGCCGAGCUCCCUCCCGCCCCGACCGGCUCUCCUCAGUUUUAUUUGUUAUCUUCUUCAUUUUUUUUUUUUUUUUUUUAAAUUUUAUGUCUUGAGUAAUAAAGUGAGGAACCCUCUGAGCGAACCCUCUGAGCGGCGGACUUGUUGCGAGUGUGUCGCCCCCGAUAUGACAACCAACCACCUACCUGAAGGGGGAGGAGGGGGAGUCAUACUUUCUGCUCUCCCUUCAGUGAUGAAGGAACGCCCCUGCUGUUGAGACUGGGGAAACCCCGUCUACACACUUCGCCUGUCAUCGUCCCAUCCAUAGGACUCAAACACACACGCACGCACGCAGACACACACACACACACACACACUUCCUCGUUGUCAUAUUGUAAAUAACAACCACAGACUCUUAAGAGGAAAAAAAAAAAAACCCUACUCCCUUCUUUACAUAGCGCAAACGUAAUGAAUUAGCCUACAGCCAAUCAGAGGAGAGCCACAUCCAAAGGUUUCUGCAUGCUACUGCCUACCUGCACCACAGUGACCGUGAAAAAGAUUUAAAAAGUAAAAAAAUAAGUCGAGUCACUGGGCAGCCGACGCAGUCCACCGUACGAUGACACGAUAUCGACGCCGGUCCUGUAAUUUAAAGUCUGCGACUGAACCGGAGGAGGAGGAGGAGGAGGAAGAGGAGGUGGUGAGUUUGGAGCCACCGUGAUGCUUCUUUAUCUGCUGAAGUUGUUUUGGUUUGAGGUCGGUUGGGUUCAUGCAGGAGGCCUGUUCCAUUACUCAACGGUGGACAUUUGUAUAGUGUGGUUCAUUUUCUAAAUGUGUGAUAAAUAAAAACAAGGAAAGAUUUCUCUAAAA